AUGUCUGUCCAGUCAAUUGGCGGUGAAGUUAUGAGUUGUUUGACGGCUAACAACUUUCGUGUCUGUUCCAGUCAAUUGGCGGCGACAGUUGAUCCGCUUACUUUGCUGAAGUUAACUCAUGUCUGUUCCAGUCAAUUGGCGGAGACGCCAUCCUUCAUGUCUGUCCAGUCAAUUGGCGGUGAAGUUAUGAGUUGUUUGACGGCUAACAACUUUCGUGUCUGUUCCAGUCAAUUGGCGGCGACAGUUGAUCCGCUUACUUUGCUGAAGUUAACUCAUGUCUGUUCCAGUCAAUUGGCGGUGAGUGCUUCCCUUGAUAUAUUUACAUAG